GGAAAAGUGGGGGGUUCGAAGGAAACCAUAUCAGGAGAAGUGGGGUUUUCAAAAAGUGCCACUCAAGAUGUCCUUUGUGUUAUCGGACUUUAGUCAUGGUCUGCAGAGAUGACAGUAAGGAAUUUCAGUUGUAGCCAAGAAAAAUGUCUAUUCACUCACUGUGAGCUUUGUCUUUGAACUUUACCUACCCGUUGCCAUGUACGUAACUUUAAGUUUUUCGUAAAUGCUAGCUAACGUUAGCUACCUUAUUAUAAGAAGCAUUCAUUUGACAGUGUAUUUGAUUAAAUAUUUGAAAUAAUAAUAGAAGUAUCAAGUCAUGGCGGUUCUAGUAUUUAUGGAAUUCCAGCGCUUCUAGUGUUAAGACUCCUUUCGAAAUCCACACUUCUCCUUAUAUGGUUCCUUUCGAAACGCCCACUCUUUUCGAUAUCCCACUUUUUCUGAGAGAUGCAAUGCAUUGAAAGAUAACAUUUCAGUAGAUGGCAGCAUAGAGACCUGAGGGAUGACUGCUCUGAGAGAUGACGUCGCAACUGGACCCUAUUGCAGCUCUGAACCAGCUGGAAUCAUCAAGGCCAUUGACAGGCACUCUGUGCAUCAGAUCUGCUCUGGACAAGUUGUGUUGACCCUGGCUACAGCUGUCAAGGAACUGGUUGAAAACAGUAUUGAUGCAGGGGCCACCAAUGUUGACAUUAAAUUGAAGGACAGCGGAACAGAGCUUGUCGAAGUGUCUGACAACGGCAAAGGAGUGGAAGAGGCUAACUUUGAAGGACUAACCUUGAAGCACCACACAUCGAAGCUGAAGGAUUUCUCUGACCUUAUCCACGUGGAAACAUUUGGCUUCCGAGGGGAAGCCCUCAGCUCUCUUUGUGCCCUCAGUGACCUCAGUGUUGUGACCUGUCAUGAAGCUGCACAGGUGGGCACCAAGCUGGUGUUUGACCACAACGGUCACCUGACCCAACGGUCGCCCCACCCCAGGCAGCAGGGCACCACAGUCAGCCUGUCGCAGCUCUUCUACACCCUGCCCGUCCGACACAAGGAGUUCCAACGCAACAUCAAAAAGGAAUACACCAAGAUGAUUCACAUCCUCCAGUCCUACUGCAUCGUCUCAACAGGGGUUCGUAUCACCUGCACCAACCAGACGGGACAGGGCAAACGCACCCCGGUCCUCUGCACCAGCGGCAGGCAGAGCAUGAGAGACAACAUUGGAGCCAUAUUUGGCCCCAAACAGUUGCAGAGUCUGCUUCUAUUCCAGCAGCUCUCGCCAACAGACAACAUCAAGGAGGAUUAUGGACUGAGUAAUGCAGACCUACCCAAAGACCUCUUCGCAAUCUCCGGUUUUGUGUCACGAGGGGAUCAUGGUGUCGGGAGAAGUGCCACAGACAGACAGUUCUUUUACAUCAACAACCGCCCGUGUGAUCCUUCUAAGGUCUCCAAGGUUGUGAAUGAAGUGUAUCACACCUUUAACAGACAUCAGUAUCCGUUUGUUGCAUUGAACAUCACUGUUGCCUCAGAGUGUGUGGAUGUGAACGUCACUCCAGACAAGCGUCAGAUCUUCCUCCAGGAGGAGAAACUCCUGCUAGCCAUCAUGAAGAGCUCUCUCAUCGCCAUGUACGAGACUGGAGUCAACAAGAUCAGCCUCAACCACAUGUCCUUCUCCACCACCAGUAAACACACUUUACAAGAUUCCUACAGACCAGCAGAGCCUCCAUCUGAUAUGGAAGGAUGCCAGGUUCCAUCAUCUGAGACGGCUCCUGAAGCUGGAGAUGAUUCAGAAUCUGUUAUACCAAGCCCCCAGUCUUCUCUCAACUUGGCUGGAUUGAAGGCUGCUUUCUCCAUGCACAACAGCCCAGGCAGUGGGUCCAAGUCGAGCACUGCUAAAGCUGCUAACACUGGUCCAACCCAGAAGAAACUGCAGUCUUUCUUUGGAGGCUCUGACAAGAGUCAGAACACACAUGGGCCAAGUUUACAAUAUCCUUUGAAAAUCAGUCGAGGUGCAGUGAAAUGUUCCCCUGUGGGGAGGUCUGUGCUGGAGGGGUUCAGGUAUGGAAUGACGCCGGACAGCAACAUAGACUCUGGCAGAGAGAGCGUCCUGUCGGAGCACAGCUCCCCCACAGCCACCCCAGAGAGUCUCUGUGCUACUACAGGGUCAGAGUUCAACUCACCAGACAACAUAGUAGAUGACGAACCCAUUAUAAAAAGCGAGGCACUCAAUGAACCUUUCAACGAGGAACGCACAGUUGCUAAGCACUUCGACCGGCCGAUUGAACCACGUAUUUCAGAGAUGUCUGAGGAAAUGAGCUUCAGUCCCAACGCCAAGAAGGCCAAACUAGAGGAUGGUCAGUUCUCUUUAGAGUACAAGACCACACAUUCAGCCGGUUCUGAAGGAUCCUCUGGGUCUAAUGUGGACGCACCAGUCUGUGUACAGAAGAGGACAGUGCCACUGCAGUUCUCUGUACAGGAGCUGUUUGGGAGGGUGAGAAGGCUUCAGGAACAGCGUAGAGAGAAGGCGGAAGACAGGCUACGCUACAGACGCUUCAGAGCCAAAAUCAGCCCUGGAGAGAAUCAGAGUGCUGAGGAUGAGCUGAAGAAAGAGAUAUGCAAAGACAGUUUUAAGGACAUGGAGAUAAUCGGCCAGUUUAACCUGGGCUUCAUCAUAACUAAGCUCAACUCUGACAUCUUCAUGAUAGACCAGCACGCCACCGACGAGAAGUACAACUUUGAGAUGCUUCAACAACACACUGCACUGCAAGGACAGAGACUCAUUGUUCCACAGAAUCUCCACCUCACAGGGGUCAGCGAGAACGUUCUCAUGGAGAACCUUGAGAUCUUCAGAAAGAAUGGCUUUGAUUUCCUCAUAGAUGAGGAGGCCCAGGUGAUGGAGCGGGUGAAGCUGGUGUCCCUGCCAACCAGUAAGAACUGGACAUUUGGUCCGGGGGACAUCGAGGAGCUCAUCUUUAUGUUGAGUGACAGCCCAGGGGUCAUGUGUCGGCCGUCUCGUGUCAGGCACAUGUUCGCCUCCAGGGCCUGCAGGAAGUCAGUGAUGAUCGGUACUGCUCUGAGCACCAGUGAGAUGAAGAAGCUUGUGGUUCAUAUGGGGGAGAUAGAGCAGCCUUGGAACUGUCCACAUGGCAGACCCACUAUGAGACACCUUGCAAACUUGAACAUCAUCUCAGAAGACUGAAGUUCACAUUGGUUUCUCAACUCAGCUGGACCAGCUCAAACAGAUACACUGAAUACCUCUCUAAACAGUGUUGGCCUGCUCUUAUCUGAAUAGACACUAGGUUGCUUUUCACCCCCAAAACAUUGACUAACUCAUUAUGUAAAACCAAGCACUGUUAGGUUUUUCUUUUUUUUUUCUUCAAUCUUAACGUUUCAUCAAUUUGACACAGCAUGUUCAUGUUCAGCCUCCAUAUUUGUUUUAUAUUUCUACAAAUUUUAUUAUUUUAAGUACACAUUCAAUAAAAUAAUCCAAACACAAAUGCUCUGACAUAAUUUCAGUACAUAAACCCAACUUGAAUAGAACAAUAUUUGUGUUUCUACUGUAAAUACUUUCUUGACAUACUGAGGAUUCCAUACUGAGCUCCUUAGCAUGGUAUGUUUACUGAACUGCAUCGGCUAGAUGACAAAGUGAAAUGGCAAAAUGGGUUUAAACAGAAAAAAACCUGAGAUAACGACUCACAAACGGUCAUUAAGUCAACUUUUGGCAUUUGGCUCCCAAGCUGGUGUUGUCUUGGAACCACAGGUUGUCGAUCAGGGGUGUCAAACUCAUUCCAUGGAGGGCCUAUGCCGUGUUCAAAUGCUAAUUGACUUGCUGAUUUGUUGCAGCACGUGUAUAUCUACAACCAGUUAGCAAGUCGGAAAUUUCAGAGUUUCCUAGUUCCGACUAACGUGAACGUGGCAUUAGUGUCUGCAAGUUUUUGUUUCCAAUUAAGCUCUAGACAACCAGGUGUGGAGAGUUUUUUUAGUACACGGGAGGGGAGGAAACUUGCAAUCACUCUGCCCUCUGUGGAAUGAGUUUGACACCUGUGUUGUAGAUGAAGAGUGGGAUAGGACACAUUUAAUGACAACCACCAUUCACUGACAAACAAUUUGAGAGAAGUGAUGGUCCCUGGUCUUCCUAAUAUUAUUGUCCAAAGGUAAACCAUUGCUCAUCAUUCGUCUCUCUCUCUGAACAUGAAACAAUGCCUCCAUAUUGUUUGUUUUUCCCAUAAUAAAUGAAGCAUACAUUG